GGACCUCUUAUCUCGGACAACAAAUCUUCAAGAGAUUAUUUCUUGUUAUUGUUUUAUAUAUAUAUUUUUGUUUUUUGGAUCCUUCGUACCCAACACAACGUUUGACUCAUAGAGGCAAAGUGCAUCAUCGACUGUUAGACGUGCGAUCAUAUCCGAAAGAAUCUUUCAAAAUUGAUGUACUAAGAAGACGAAUUAUGGUGGCAGAAUUUGUCGCCCGUCAGAGUGGAUCGCCCAUCAAUGGUGAGACCGCCUGCCUAAAUAGCAACAUGCCGGCUAGCCACACAAUGGCACACGAUGCUCACGGACCAUUACCACCGCUAACACAUCCGGCUCAUCACGGUGGACCGAUUCAACAGCACCCACCGCAGCCGCAGCCGCAACAACCACCACCACCACCUCAGCAGUCUCCUCAUCACCAUCAUCACCAUCAUCAGACGCAGCAGCAGCAGCAACAACAACAACAACAACAACAGCAGCAGCAGCAGCAGCAGCAUCAUCAUCAUCAUCAACAGCAGCAACAGCAGGCACAACAGCAGCAGCAGCAGCAACAACAGCAUCUUCAUCAAGACGCCCAACAGGUGACACAUCCCGAAAACUUCCCCCCGAACUUCGACAUCAGAAAAGAGCUCUUUUCCCAGCGCAAGCAACGAGAAUUCAUCCCGGACAACAAGAAGGACGACAGCUAUUGGGACCGGAGGAGACGCAACAACGAGGCGGCCAAGCGGUCGCGCGAAAAGAGACGAUUCAACGAUAUGGUUCUCGAGCAACGAGUCAUGGAGCUGAGUAAGGAGAACCACAUCCUGAAGGCGCAGCUCGAGGCGAUACGCGACAAAUUUGGGAUAUGCGGCGAAUCCGUGAUCAGUACGGAACACGUUCUCGCCGCGUUACCCGCGGAGCCACCGAUCAGCGUUAAGAGGGCGAAACUACCAACAUCGGCAGCCAUUCUUUAUGCGAGAACUCCCAGCCCGGUUCACAGCUCGGUUCACAGCUCGGUUCACACCUCGGUUAUCCAUCAGCCCGUCAGCGGUGCCAGAUCGCCGAGAUCACCUGCGCAGCUUUACGUGCCCGAAACAACGGCUUAUCCGGAAACGGAAAGCUUCCAAUAUCCUUACCCACACCCAGCGAUGCACCUCGAUACGACGAGCGCGUUAAAUUUAUCGCGCGGCGGUCGUAGAGCGCAAUCGCCUUUCGAAUUGUCCUCCGGUAGCGGCGACGAAGGUGGACCGCAGCUGGUAGUAAACCCAUCGGCCAACAACAGUCUGCCCCACAAACUGAGGCAUAAAUCCCGCAUCGGUGACAAGGACGCCGCUAGUGCUCUCCUUGCGUUGCAAGGUAUCAAACAGGAACCUGGACCAAGAGCGUCGCCCCCUUGGGACAACGAAGGUUCCAGCGACGAACGUGAUUCUGGUAUUUCUUUGGGAGCCGAAUGGACCGGACCAAGCGUCGUACCUAACGUCCCGGAAAGCGAAAGGGAAGUCAAGUCGAGGCUCGAUCGUCUCGCUUCCGAAGUUGCAUCUUUGCAAUCGAUAUUGCGUCUUGGCAAGCCGGCCGACAGUCUUAUGACUAUGCCAACUAACGCGACGACCAAUGGACCAUGAACGAAACUAUACCUUUCGAAGAGUUUUCUCCGCAUAAUUAACUCUCUUCGAAUUGUCUGCGUGUUUUAUUCUCUUCGAGAUCCUCCCCAAUUGCUUCUGCUAAGGUCCAUCGUAACGUCCUUACGAACUUGUUGAUGCGACUAGUAGUUGCCGCUAUCGGAGUUAUUAUGGACGAAAGAGAGGAGAAGGGUGAUGUGGUAAUAGGGAUAGAUCGAUUUUCCUAUUAGAAAAUAUCGACGGGGAGAGAUGGACGCCUCGCGCCAUUUUAUUUUCCUUUGCUCGGUAUUUCGAUAUUCUCCAUGCUUUAACAGCGCAUUAAGAGUAGUAAUUGAUAAGAUCUUUAAUCUAUUACGUUAUCAUCGUGCUAUACGUAAAUACAUCGAGAGUGCAUUCGUUCUCUUAUCGAUCGUCGAAUCGAUCUAAAAACAACACAACAAAAAAGAACAAAUUCGAACGAACAAAAGAGGCGCGUCUUAUGAACUUUCUUACAAAUUUUCACCGCGACUAUCGAUGCGUACGCGCACGAGCUUAUUACUACAAAUAUACGUGUUACAUAUACGCAUAUGCCUGUACCUACAUAUAUUUACAUACAUGCAUACAUACGUACAAAUCUCUAACAAGUUUAGGAAACCAUUUUUAAAGGAGAAUUUGCAACGAGAGUUUAUUAUUUUCUAAGUAAUGUUUUUUUUUUCUUUUCUUUUAUUUAAUUAAUGAAAUAACGAGAGAAUUAAUCAUCCUACUCCUUACGGCGGCACGUAUUCCCUAAGCGGAUUUAUUGUUAAAUAGUAAACGAGUUCAGCCGCUUUCACGCGAACCUUGGCGAUACUAUAAAAUGUAUUUACAAAAUGUACUUACCCUCUUCCAAGAAUAUUUCAUCUAACGCCUACAUUUCAGAAAUUUUACUUGCAAAAUUCUAAUUCGAUCGAUAUUCGAACAAACUCGUGUCGAAGCGGCUUUAUUCUCUUAUUAACAAUUAUGUCGCGCAACCGGCUAUCUCACUACCACAACGAUACAUUCAAAAAUGUAAUAUUUCGUAUCAUAGAGAUUGUUAACGCGUUGAAAUAAUAAGCUCUCGUUUCGAUAACAUUCUUCUUCGAACCAUUUUGAUUUUCUUCCUACGUAAAUACAUAUAUAUAUAUAUAUAUAUAUAUAUAUAUGUACAUUAAUAUCUACAGAAAAGGAAAGAAAAAAAUGUCGUUGAUGAAAGAACGGAUGUAUCACGUUUACACACACACACACACACACACAAAGUCGCCUUAUUAGAAAUUACUAUACUCUAUAUCUAUGGCGCACGAUAAAAAUCAAAACAAUAAUUAUCAUUAUCUUUUCUCUUCUUUUUAAACAAUUCGAGCCUUUAUUGUCCAACCUAAUGAACCUAUUUUUAUGGAAAAUCAAAGUUUAUCGACGAAAAAAAAGCAAGAAAAGAUAAUGAAAUAAAUAAAACUCGAGCUUUACUUAGGAGAAGAUCAUCGUGAUUGCGUAUUUAAACUUUCUUUUCUUCCUGAUUUUAUCAUAAUUUAAUCGUAAACAUUUUCUCGCCUCUCAUUCUUCCCGCGACUAUAUUCACAUUUAAUAUUUUUGCUAUCGUUGAUCGUAAAAAAGAUAUGAUCGUACGCCUAUAUGUCUAAAUAAGGAGCGAGGAUUCAUCAUACUGCAUAUGAUCAUCACAUAUACCUAUGCAUACAUACAUACAUACAUGUGUAUAUAUUAUUGACUUGCAGUUUACGCAACUGCUCAAAAUUGGUGCUUUUUGUACAGCACUAUAUAACUAUACCUUAUAUAUCGAAAUAUCGAUAAACUUUUGAAGUAUUUUUAUCAGAUCUUCGUUUUAAUAAGCUGAAAUUCAUUGUCAAUCUUCAAAUCGAAAUUUAGGAUCGAAGUAUUAAGUGAGCCUAUAGUUAUAUAUUAAAUACGUAAAUAAAUAUACAAAAAUAUAUAUAUAUAUAUAUAUAUGUA